UAUGUACGAGUUUUCACGGGUGUCCGUGAAGGCAGCAUCAGAAGUUGCGCACUGCGUGCGCCGCUGGUCGUUUAAAGCGUCAAAGUGCUUUAAAAGUUGCGUAGUUAACCCGGUUUGUUGUUUUUAACAUCAACGCGAGUCCACUCGGCGGGUCGGAGGGGCGACAGACCGACAUGUUCAAUGUCGGAGGCGUAAAUAAAGCAGAGGGCACACAUGGAAACCUGCGUUACGUCAUCGUUGGACCGACCCGCGGCGCAGCUGACGGUCACGGACGUGUACGACAUAGCGGCGGGGCUCGGGCGGGAGUUCGAGCGGGUCAUCGACAGGUUCGGGUGCGAGUCCCUGGUCGGAGUGGUGCCCAAAGUGGUGCGGGUGCUGGAGCUGCUGGAGGCCCUGGUGAGCAGCGCGGCCGCCGGGCAUGAGGCCGAGGAGCUGCACCGGGAGCUGGGUCGUCUGCGGCAGGAGCGCAGCGAGCGAUGCGCGCAGGAGAAGAAGCACCAGAAGGAGCUGGAGCUGCUGGAGGAUGUGUGGCGAGGAGAAGUGCAGGACCUGCUCUCUCAAAUCAACCAGCUUGACGCAGAGAACCAGAAGCUGUUAGUGAGCCUCUCGCUCAGAGAGUGCUGCGUCCCAGAGGAACAGCUGCAGCAGCAGGAGGAAAUGUCAGAGAAGGACAGGCAGGUGAUGAAGAAGCUGAAGGACUCGGUGAAUAAGCAGAGGGAGGAAAUCCGGUCUAGAGACCAUGAACUGACACUUAAAAACGAGGAUAUUGAGGCGCUCCAGAUGCAGCAGCAACGGGUGAUCAGAAUCAACCAGGAUCUUCGUCACAGGAUCGGCGUGAUGGAGGCUCAGGGCAAGUCUCUGAUCCAGCAGAGGGCUGAGCUGGAGGCUGCAGCCCAGGCCCGGCAGCAGGAGCUGGUCGCUGUGCAGCGGGAGGUCACAGGGCUGAGAACAGAGCUGCGGAGGAGGGAAAUGGAGGAAGAGGUCGCUGAUAUAGAAGAAUCCUCUAUUAGCCGAUCCGGGAUCUCACCGCCUGCACCGUCGCUGGUGCCGUCGUCUCCAUCUAACUCCAUCCAAGCACGUUCAGUGUGGGUGGAGUGUGGAGCGGACCCCGGCUUUCUGGCAAACUGCUUUGAGCGCGACGAGAGUCCUUCACUUCUCCCAAGGUCAUCAAAAAGACUAAAUAUUGAGGAAGAGGGGGACAAGGACACGAAGACAUCCUCACUGAAGGAAUGGGACGAUACGGAGCCCGAGACCGACAGCCCGGAACACGACGCAAACAAACCUCGCUUCACCCUGCAGGAGCUGCGGGACGUCCUGCAGGAGAAGAAUGAGCUCAAGGCCCAAGUGUUCUUGCUACAGGAGGAGCUAGCACAUUACAAAAGCGAGGAGUUUGAGGAUGACAUCAGCUUCAUGGUGUGUCCUCCAUCUCCGCCCCCAGUGUCCGGUUCCAUUGAUCAGGCUGAAUCAGGCAUUAGAAGCUUGAUCUUCACUGCCAUCAUGCCGAUGGUGGCAGCCGGCCUGAUUGCAGAUGAUCCAACAUUGUUGCCCAUAAGAAGACUUUUUUUUGUAUGACCUUGCAUUGAAUUAUUUUUUUUCCACCGUGCAACAGGUUGUCAAUAGACAUAUUUACCAGAAUGUAUUAAGUUUCAGAAUUACUUUCAAAAGAAUUUCCAUUUAAAACUAAAUUUGUAUGGGUUUUAAAUAGUGUAAUAAAUGACGUCCACUUUAAUGAUACAACUUUGCAUUAAUCACCUCAAAGACAUUGUGAGAUACAUUUACACCCAGUUUUCACACUACAUGGCUUCAAAAUACAUAAAGUCUAUCAAUGCAUUUCUCA